UCCACAGCAGCGACGGUCAAAGGUUUGUCUGUUAGCAUGAUCGUUUCCUUGUUUUUUAUAGUUUCAUUUUAGACGUUGCUUUUUCUACGAGAAGAAAUAUCCAUGGUGGCACUGCGCUGCUUUGACGUGACUUCUGGGUGUGAUGGCCUACCCUAAGUCCCACAACCCAUUUGCUGAUGAUGAUGAUGAGGAAGACUUUAAGCCCAAAAGUAGGGGAUUUGAUGACAACGAUGGGUUGACUGACUCAGAGAGGAGGCAGAGGUACCUGCAGCAGGAAGUGAUGCGCACAGCUCAGUCUGCUGUGGACAGCAGUUACCGUUCUCUUGGUCUCAUCUAUGAAUCAGAGAAGAUGGGGGUGGAAACUGCAGAGGAGCUGAAGCGACAGGGUGAGGUUUUGAGGAGGACAGACAAGAUGCUGGACAACAUGGAUCAGGACCUGAAGACCAGCCAGCAGCACAUUACCAGUAUCAAGAGUGUGUGGGGUGGCAUCGUCAAUUACUUCAAGGGAAAGCCAGAGACAAAGCCUCCACCUGAGCAGGCAAAGUCCUACCAGGCCAAUGACAGAUUACAGAGUGCCAUGUCCAACAGCAGAGAACAUGAAGACAAGUAUCAAGCCAGCCACCCCAAUCUAAGACGGUUGGAAACGGGAGGAUUUGGAGCAUCUGCAUCAAUAGACGACAGCUCAUCGAGACAGAAUGGAUACCCCCAGAACAGACACCUCAGGGAGGCCCACAACACCCUUGACAAAAAUUUGGAUGAGAUGUCAGAUGGCUUGAGAAGACUGAAGAACCUUGGAAUUGGUCUCCAGUCGGAGAUUGAGGACCAGGACGACUCCAUUGAUUCUCUGCUGAACAAAGUGGACAAGAUGGAUCUCAAAAUCCACAACACAAACCAGCAGAUUAAAAACCUCAAAUAACACUCACACUUGGACUCGCCUUACAUAGACGACAACUGGUAACUGGUCAUCCUCUCACUUGGUCCUCCAUCUUUGCCUCUGUUGAAUAAACUGUGUGUUUUUAUUAAGUUUUAAUGGGUUCUUCCACCUCAAAACCUUUUUUACUUGUGUGUUUUGAAGGGAAGAAUCUGUUCCAUGUUUGAAUUAUUUCAGUGUAAUGGAUUGUCUGUCCAUUUAUGAUCUGUUAGUCUUCUCCAUCAAGCUCCGCUGCAUUUCUGUCUCAGUGCAGUCUUUUGAAUUUUCAUCAGUUUUCCUCAAUAGCCAAAGAUGUAUCAUUGGCUACUUAGUUGUCCACCAUUAAAGCAAAGCAUUUGAAUUGUAUGAAAAAAAGAAGAGAAUUUCUAUUUGAUGAACGUUCACUAAAUAGACAAAAAAGAUUUUUUUUGUGUACAAUUCAUUUGUCAGUGCUAACUGUGAUUCCUGGACCUGCCGUGACAUACAUUAUGUACAAAACCACAAGCAAGCAGCAAACCUAGCUAAUGUCACUUUUGCCUUACAUGUGUUAUGUAUGUACAGAAGACUAGCUUUUGGAUCUGUGCCACGACUCUGCCUCUGUCACCAUGAGAUGCUUCACUUCGUUUGUCUGAAAUUUUUGUUUGAACUAUGUCCACGUUCUUCGAUGCAUUCUCUAGCUUUAUGUAAAUUGUUUAUAUUGAAAAGUGUUGUAUUCAAUGCUGCAGAGUGGAACAGUGAAUUAUUGUACGCCAUGAAUAAUGUGAACAAGCUAUAAAAAAAUGAAGAGCUGAAUGAAUAUUCCUGUUAUAAUUAUUAUCUGCUAUGUCUUCCCUAGGUUAUGUUUAUGAGUAAAAUAAUCACUUAAAGUUUUAGACAAAUGGAAGCACAGUUUUUCCACUAAAUUGAUCAGAAAGUAAGAAAAUAAAUGAGCAGUCAUGGUGACAAUGUUUAGUUUUUGCCAUGUAUAUCAUGUGUUGUAAUCAAACCAACAAUAAAAACAUUUAUAAGGGGA